AGGGGGUGAGGAGGAGGAGGAGGAGGAAGGCUGCUGUUUCUCAGUCUCUUUCUGUCUCUUUGUCUCUCACACUCUUUGUUAGCCAUGCCGAGCCUGCUGGUUCUAGCAGGGAUCAUGGAGAAAAACGGGGGCUACGGCGGGGAUCUGGCCGCCUCCGGCUUCGGCGGAGAAGGUCUCCUCGUGGCGCCCGACGAGGAGGAGGACGAAUCCCGCGCCCUCAGGGUCGCGCUCGGCCAGUUGUCGCUGCUGGGGCUGGGGGAGGGCGAGGACGGCGGCGGCGGAGCCCCGACCGCAGGCGUGCAGGACCGGAGCAACAACAACAACAACAACCACCACAACCACAGCGGAGGAGGAGGAGGAGGAGGAGACGCGGCCGUCCUGCAGGGGAAAAGCAAACUGUGCUCCUUGUAUGAAAGCUGCUCCUCAGCGGAGAGCAAAGGACGCGGCUGCAACAUCACGGAGUGCGUCCCGGUGCCAAGCUCCGAGCAUGUGGCCGAGAUAGUGGGCAGACAAGGCUGCAAGAUCAAAGCUCUGAGGGCCAAAACCAACACCUACAUCAAGACCCCGGUCCGGGGGGAGGAGCCCGUGUUCCUGAUCACCGGCCGGAAGGAGGACGUGGCGCUGGCCCGCCGGGAGAUCAUCUCUGCCGCAGAGCACUUCUCUAUGCUCCGGGCCUCCCGCAACAAACUGGGGGUGUCCUUCAGCGGCUCCCCCCCCACGCCCCUGCCGGGUCAGACCACCAUUCAGGUCAGGGUGCCGUACCGCGUGGUGGGGCUGGUGGUGGGGCCCAAGGGCUCCACCAUAAAGCGCAUCCAGCAGCAGACCUGCACCUACAUCGUGACCCCCAGCCGAGACCGCGACCCGGUCUUUGAGAUCACCGGCUCCCCCAGCAACGCAGAGCGGGCCCGGGAGGAGAUCGAGGCCCACAUCGCCUUCCGCACCGGGGGCCUGCACGACCACAACAACGAGAACGACUGCCUGGGGCCCAACGGAGGGAGCAGCCCGGGGGGCAGCACCGGCGGCCUGGAGAGCCGUCUGCAGCAGGUGUGGGGGCUGCAGGGGGGGCAGCGCAAACCUCUGACCAGCAGCUACCGGCAGAACUUCUCAGAUGCUCUGGUGGGAGGGGGGCCUGGAGGAGAGGGAGGGGGCAUCUACAACAAGAGCAACUUCUCUAACUCUGGAGAGAAACCCUGCUCAUACUUUGGAUCUGAGGGGACGCAGGGCUGGGGGGACCCCGACUACCCCAAGCAGAUGUCCUUCUACACCCAGCAGAGGUCCAAAAGCUUCGGGGGCCUUCCUCUGCCCCUGACCAGACUGUCCCCCGGUCUGCCGGAGCCCCCCAACAGCUCCGUCACCAGCAUGGUCUCCGGCUCGCCUCACGCUCAGGCCCGCCGCGCCCACAGCGAGCCCGCCUCGGCCGGGGACGGCUUCCCGGGGCGCCUGCCGGUGCCGGACUCUCCGCCGGCCGGCGUGCGGGACUGCAUGACCUGCUUUGAGAGCAAGGUGACGGCCGCCCUGGUCCCCUGCGGACACAACCUGUUCUGCAUGGAGUGCGCCAUCCGGAUCUGUGAGCUGAACCACCCGGAGUGCCCCGUGUGCCACACCCAGGUGACUCAGGCCAUCCGGAUAUUCUCCUAAGAGCCGCGCCAUCUUUGUUCUGGUUCCUUCAACAAUUAUUUACUGUUUUAUGAUUAUUAUUAUUAUUAUUAUUGACAUUAGAGACAUUUUGGUUGAGAAAACUUAAACAACAAUCAAGCAGAUAUUUUAGGAGACCUGCUUGCUUUACUAAAAAGUCUAAGAAAUAUUUUUCCGUUUUUCUUUUUUAUAUAUAUAAGCAUAUAUAUUUUAUAAAGCUUUGGUUUAUAAAAGACGUAUAGUUCCUGCAUUUUCAGUUUUUUGACUGCUGCUGUUUUUCAUGCGUUGGAUGACGGCGGAGCAGAGCUAGACGCUAACCUGAACAUUUAGUCUUUAGUUUAUUGAAGGAACCGAUGAUUGUGGAAGAACCCAUCAGCACUUGACCGACCCAGAGAGGAAACUUAUUGCACCUUACAAUCAUCUCGCUGUAAAACAGGAUCGUCCACCUUCCAGUCAUCCUGGGGCCCACUGGGACAGACUGGGACAGACUGGGGCUGACUGGGACAGACUGGGGCCGACUGGUCCGUGGGGUUCUGGGUUCCAGUCUGGAUCAAACUCUCUUUAUUUCGUUAGAAAACAGAUGUAGGAUUGAAUUAUUUAUAGAAAUGGAUUAAAUGUUAUGGAUUUUAUUCAGAGCUUUGGGGGGGGGGCUCCUUUGCUGCUUGUGGCCCCUCAAAGAACUCAGUAAAUCUUCGGGGCCAGAAGCUGUUUUCCGUUAUUCUCCAGAACCGGUUCUGAAGCCCAGAUGGUUCUGGGUUCUGGUCUUGUGUCGUUUGGCCGACAAACAAAGCCCCCCCACCCCACCCCCAUGAGGGGACAGGGUCUGAAUGAACCAGCUGCAGAUUAAAAGAGGUGAUACUGUAAGGGGGGCCCCCAGGGGCCACGUAUCUCCCUGUAAUUGGCUACAGCAGGUGUUUCUGUGCAAUACCGGCCCAAAGCCCCCCCCCCCCCGUUGGCUUUGGGCCGGUAUUGUCUGGGCUUGGUGCGGCCCGGAACCGUCCAUUGAUAAUUAGGCAAAUGUGCU